AUGUCUGCUGGAACAUUUGAUCUUGUGGGUACAAUUGUUUAUGAGAUAGACCAGCACCCCUAUCAAAGUACAUUUUACAAUGGUACAUUUGAAGUUGUUGAAGCUGGUGGCUUUCUCAGUGUUGAAUCUGUUUUCUUGUUUUUCCUUGGAAUUGGUCUUCUUGGGCUUCUUGGAUUGUGGAUACGUGGUCAGAUACAACAACUUGCCAAGAAAACUAAGAGGGCAACAAAGGUGGAAGUUGGAACUGGGACCACUGAUGCCUCAAUGGAUGAAUGGCUGCAGGGAACUGCAUAUACUCAGUCAUUGUCCAGCAAAUCAAAGAAAAAGAAGUAG